AUGACGAAAAACAGCAAUCCAAGUUCCAGAAUCGUCAUGAACAACGACAACAACAACAACAACAACAACAGCAGGGGGAAGAAGAGAACAAGGCAAGACCUCGGCAAGGCUAACAACAACAGGCUAGUCACGUUCACCAAACGUCGCCUAGCGUUAUUCAAAAAAGCGAGCCAACUUUGCACAUUGACUGGUGCGGAAAUCGGGAUCAUUCUUAAAUAUUCUGCGAAGCGUUUUUAUGCCUUUGGCCAUCCUAACGUAUACGAUGUGACAGAUCAUUACCUUAACGAUUCGUCAUCAUCAUCAAGUGCGCCGCCGAUAAACCGGAACCCUACUAGCACGAUCACCGCGGCCGAAAUUAGGGAAUAUAACAUGGAGUUUGAUCGGCUUUCGAAGGAAUUGAAGGCGGAGAAGAAGAAACUGAAGCGACUGGAAAUAGCCAAGUACGUUGUUUGGUAUUGGGAGGGAUUCAAACUGGAGGAAUUGGAUAUGGAGCAGCUUCAACAGUAUGCAUCUUCUUUGAAAGAGUUGAAGGAGUAUGCCCUGACUAAAGCUGCUGAAUUUGAGGCGGUGAGGAAAGGCAAUACUAUUAUUAAUCCUCCAACCAACUAG